UGUGCUGUAAAAACGGUUAAACCAGUGCCAAAUAGUGAUUAAUACGAUUAAGCUAGCGCGCUAGCAAAUGAGUGAUACGUUACAUCGUGUAGUGUAGUGAUAUAGUGGCGAUGAGUUUCCUGACGUCACUGGGCCAGUAUGUGGCGGGCGUGGCGGACAGUGUGGCGGGGCUGGCGUUGUCGCCGCGUCGCGCGCCGCCGUCGCGUCACCGCUCGGCUGAGGAGACAGCACAGCUGCCACCGCAGCCCUCCACGGCUACUAUGAGGGGUUUUCCCCGCGUGGUGCCAACGGAGGGUGCCUCGGCGCUGAGUACGCGGCGUCGCACUUUGGACUGUCUGGCCCCGGCGGCGCCGGUGCGCCGAGGCGGCUCGCUGCGAGUGCCCCGCCAGCCUCCGCCGCCAGAGAAGCCCACCAUGGCCUUCUGCAAGAGGCGGCUUUCGUGGCCCGAAGUAGACAGCUCAGUGAAUUCUGGGGUCAAAGAAACGGACGGUUCAUACUUCGAGGCGUUCACGGCCCUAUCGUGGCGGCAGGAGAACCGUCGUCUGGCGGCGCUCCGGCUUGCGGAGGCGCGGGCCGAGCGGCCGCCGCCUGCGCCGCACGAGCUUGGCCUACCCAGUGUGUCAGCACAACUGUCGCACAAGGAGCAUGAGCAUCUUUACACAGAGGUAUUAUAUUGCAUCGAGAACGCCGUGGGGGCGCCGGCGCCGGACGGGCAGUUCGCGGCCUACAAGGAGGACAUGAUCGAGUACGCUCGGCGCGCGUUCAGGGUCGCGCCCGAGGUCCACGCUCGGGCUAUCAUGGCGGCAGGCAGCGAACGUCCACCCACAGUCGUGCUGGGCUGCACGGUCAUCGAAGCUGAUGGGUUAGAGGCCAAAGAUGCUAACGGGUUCAGCGACCCGUACUGCAUGCUGGGUAUCCAACCGGCGUCCCUGCCGGCGUCCCCGCGCGCGUCCGAGGACGAGGGCCGCAAGCACGGCUUCCGACUCAGCUUCAAACGGCGGGACGGACGCCAGCAGCGCGACAGCUUGGGCAGGCUGCCUGCGAGAUACAUCAGGGCUACCAGCGUGAGGCCACAUACGCUGUCCCCUAAAUGGAAUGAGAGCUUUAAAUUUGACAUAGACGACGUCUCAUCAGACGUCCUGCACCUGGACAUCUGGGACCACGACGACGAGAGCUCAGUCCUGGACGCGGUGUCCCGGCUCAACGAGGUGCGCGGCGUCCGCGGGCUCGGCCGGUUCUUUAAGCAGGUCUGCCAGAGCGCGAGGCAGGGCAGCCAGGAUGACUUCUUAGGAUGCGUGAACAUUCCGCUUCGCGAGAUCCCGUCGACGGGCGUGGAGGCGUGGUACAAGCUGGAGGCACGCUCGCAACGCUCCUCGGUGCAGGGACGCAUCAGGCUGCGGCUGUGGCUGUCGGCGCGGGAGGCAGGCAGACAUGAUGAUGACAACUGGCAACAGGUUCGCCAACACGAGCGCCUAUUCGGAGUGCUACUGGCCAACGAAGUGGACUCUGCGAGCGGCGGGCCAAGCGGCGCCGAGAGCGAAUGCCCUGCGAUGUGGGAGGGCGAGCUGUGCGGCGCGGCGCAGACGCUGCUGCACCAGCACGCUGUUCAGAGCGACAUGAGCACGCUGCAGGCGGCGAUAGCGCGCUUCGCUGCCGCUUGCAGGCUCAACAGCGAUGUACCACUAGAUCCCAAAUACAUGUAUAAGCUCCUAACGGAACUGGAGCGUACUUGGUGUGCGUCAGAGGGGAUGCCCCUACGAGCCGAAGCAUGCCCCGGCGCAGGCGGCUCUUGCGCCUCUAGGGACGAGGAACGCUGGCUCGCCGACUGCUUCGGAGAAUUUGUGGAACGCGCUCUGCAUCAGUUACGGCUGCAUCGAGACCUCUACCCUGUGCUACACCACCAGAGUCUUAACAAGCUGGAGUUCCUUCUACGGUGCCUCAGCCAGCUAUCGCAGAUGAAGGCCUUCUGGCGGUGCUGUCCCUUUAAUAAGGAAAUAAGGAGCGAGAUUGUCGGGUCGCUACGUAAAGGAACCUCCGAGUGGUACGAGGCGUUGUGUGCGCAGGACACGGAAUCCGAGCGAGGCGAGGAUUUGGUGAACUUGAUCACGCUCGUCCAGAUCGACUUGCAGCAGGGACUCACCUACUACCAUCCGCUGUUUGAGACAACCAACAAUGUCCCCUACUUCAACGUGGUCUUCACACAGAUUGAUAAAAUGCUGUCUGAAGAUGUGAGGCAGUGCGUGGAGCUGUGGGUAAACGAGGGCUGGUGCGGCGUGGCUGAGGAGGAAAUAUAUGAUGAACAGGGAAAUGGAGUAUGCGUGGUGUCAGCGAAGACGUUGCCCUUCGAAGUGCUAGCGGCUGUGCGAGAGCUGUGCGCCGCAGCGGCGCCCGCGCCGCCUAUUCACCCGUCACAUCCACACGACGCUCCUGCUCAAUUGCUGGAUGCAUAUCUGUGGUUCGAGCCGCUGAUCGAUCGCUGGCUGGCCGUGACCAAAACGAUGGCGCUGCAGCGGGUGCGUGCGGCCGUCGAGCUCGACCGCAUGGUGGAGGGCGAGCACAUUGUGAAGCACAGCACGUCGUCUGUGGACACCGCCGCCUGCUUAUACUACAUGCGGUUGGUGUGGCGAGGGAUCGGUUCGGUAGAGGAAGGCACGGCGGGCGGCGGCAUGCGACUUCUGGAAGCGGCGUGCGCCACUGCCUUGCAUUAUGCCGACUUGGUGCACGGCGCACUUGCGGACCAAGGCUACUAUGACAAUCACGGUCAAAACAAAACGACGGAGGAGAUAUGUACAAUCGUGAACAACUUGGAGUACGUGCGCCGCUCGUUAGCCGAGUACGACGAUGAACACAUGGCGAACGACGAAAGCGCGCGUCAGCUAGUGCGCGGGGCGCUCGGCACGCUGGACGCCCGCGCGGCUCGCGCAGCGGCCCCGCUCGCGACACGCGCCCGCCCGCCGCUCCGCAAGGCGGUCUUCCACCUCGCCUGGUCACCGGAUACUCUGCCCACGCCUCAGGCCAUAACCCCACUCUUGGAGUUCCUGGACCAGCAUCUGUCAUCACUGAACACAUGGCUGCUACCACGGGCGUUCAUCCGAGCGCUGGCCGGCUGCUGGAGCGCCGUGCUCAAGGAGGUGUCUUCUCAGGCUGACGCUGGCGGUGCUGAAAGACCGAGGGUCUACCAUUCGAGAUUGCGAGAAGCGUUGGAUUUGCUAGCAGAGUUUUUCCACGCGGAAGGAAAAGGUUUACCGAUGUCAGAAGUCCACAACUCGGAUUGGGGACGAGUGGAACAGAGGAUGCAGUACCAUCAGGCUCCGACUGAUGAGUUACUCGAGCUCUGGCUCGCGGACAGACUAGCUGAGCAAAUUCGGACGCCAUUACCAUCGCCUUAUGGAUCGAUAUUAGUCAGGGUAUACUUUAAUCACGACUCGCUGUCUGUGGAAGUGCUCUCAGCCCGUGACGUCAUACCACUGGAUCCCAACGGCUUGAGUGACCCGUUCGUCGUAUUAGAACUGGUGCCCAAACGACUUUUCCCAAAAACGCACGAACAAGUUACUAAUGUUCAAAAGAAAACGCUGAAUCCAAUAUGGGACGAGUGUUUCGAGUUUGCGGUCUCGCUGGAGUCCUGCCGGUCUCCCAAGGCCGCUCUCGCGCUGUCCGUUUGGGACCGGGACGUGCUCACCGCCGACGAUUUCGCCGGAGAAGCCUAUGUAUCACUGUCAAGGAUCCCUGGCGUCAAUUGUAACGCCCCGCCUGACCCGCUACGACCUAUUGAACUGCCGCUCAUGCAACUACAUGAUAGAAAUCAUCCUAUAUUACAAAUUUUGGAGUCGCGUACCACGGACAAAGUUGCUAUAGAUUUCGUCAAAAAACAAAAGUUACGAUUUGCAGAACAGUAAAAUAAUAUAAAAACAAUGUCAACAUUAUUUUGUUAUUUACUAAAUGAAGUUAAUUUUAUUGAAAUUUCUAUUGACGCACAACGUCCAUUAUAAUGUCGACAAUAUAUUAAGAAUAUUUUACAAAUUUUCAAUACUUAUGAAAUCAAAUUUAUUUAUUUAUAUAAAUAUUUAUAGAUUAGGGGAAACAAAUGGUGGGUUGUAUUUUACUACGUCUAGUUAACUGAUUUCGAAUAUUUGAUUUGCAGCUUGAUAUUUGAAAACUUUUACUACUUAUGACAAAUGUUGAUACUUUAAUUAUAUAUGUAUAUAAUAGUGGUUGCUUUAAAAUCAAGUUAAAAAUGAUAGGUAAUCUGCGCUUUUACUUCAAAGUAUGCGUUGUAACGAUUGCCCCAUAUAUUUGCCAAAAAAAUAUUUUUCUUUACCACAUUGUUAUUCCAUUCCUAACCUGAGUAUUAGGUAUACAGAGAUGUCGAGCGCAUCAGUAUUAAUGUAUUAUAUACUACAAAGACUGUGUAAUUCUUCAUUCACGAGAGAAUUUUAUUGUGUACGUGUACCUAUAAUUAGUAUGCACCCUCGGAGCUUAUGUCCCUAGUCGUAGUCUCUAUUAGAAUUCCUGACCAAGUACUUUAAGACUCGUCGUAGACAUUUCACACUCAGUUUUUUUAUAUACACCUGCUUUAAUAUGUACAUCUACACCACUAGAGGCACAUCAUGUUAUUAUACACAAACUGCACUGAGCUUGAUAAACAUAAGUGAGGCUUCCUUCCAUAUUUGGUCACUUAAAAUAUCUAUUUUAUUACGCACUUUUACUCCUAAACGAACCAUUCUUAAAUUUUUAUGAAGCUUAUUUAUAUAAAAAUAAACAUCUCCACAUAAUCCACGCAAAAAGAGCUUUGUGUCACACGUAAAUAUGUAUCCGUCAUCGUAAUCUAUAAAAUGAUUAUUUACAUUGUCUUGACGACUGAUUUUCAUCGUUAGUGUAAUAAAAUUAUUGUAUGAAGAUAUUCAAAAUUUUAUAUGUGUAAAUUGUUUAUUGCGUAUGUAUACAAGUAUACCUAUUGUUAUUAUAGAAGAAAGUGUAUUGAUGUGUACUGUAACAUAGAUAAUAAUUCAUAUUGAUUAUACAUAUUAUUACAUAUACUUACUAUUAAACAAUGGAAUAGUUUUACGUCACAUUCACAUGGAUCUAUAUCGUGUCAGACUACUCAGUGUGUAGAAAAUGUGUUACCUAAUAUAUGUGCUUAGCUGUAAUACUUACCUAAUUAUAUUAAAAAGGGUAGGUAUAUUAUCCAAUAUUUUCUUACUUCGAGAUAAUUUAAUGCUGAGUUUGAAAUAACAAGAAAUACAGACAUUUCAAGACAAUUUUUAUAAACCAGUCAUGAACGCGUUUUUCAUGGUUAUAUCGUGCCAAUACGAUACCAAGUAAGGCAUUGGAAAGUCGACAUAUCCAAACAACCAACAACCAUAUCACUGAGCUUUUAAUCACACAUUUGUAUCUUUGUAAGAAUCAGAAAACGUAUUAUUAAAUCAAAAUUUUACAACUUUUCAAUAAAAUCAAGACCAUUCCAUGAGUCAAUUAUUUAAAAAUAGGCUUUUUGAAGGGACAUUCUUUUACAUUGAGCAAACAUAUUUUGGAUCAAAUUUUCCCCUCACAGUGAACUAAGCUUGUAAAGUACAUGAGUAAGAUUUUUUGUACUCCUGGCCCAAUGUUUAAAGGGUCUGGUUGAAAAGGUUGGAAGUUAUAAUAGGCUCGUUAUGCGAAUGGCGUAAAUACUUUUAUCGGGGAAAAGUUGUGCAUACAAGAACACGAGUAUCACCAUUACGUUCACAAGGAAAUACCUUGUGAAAGAAAGUUCAGAAAUGCUAUAGAAACAAAUAAAAAUGUAAAAAUGGUAAUAGACGUUGUAUAGAAUGUAGAUGCCCACCCCGUGGGUACAGAAAACCAGGAAUUAACUGAAAAUAAGUACCUAUAUUUUCCUAGUAAAUAAAUUUUACCAAUCUAAAUACCGAUAGACAUUUUUUUUCUUUAAAGCUGUAGUUGCACAUAAGGGAUACAACGACGAGAUAUGGAACAGUGUACAUUUUCAGUUAAUUACUUCAGUAUAAGUUUUUUUUUCAAAAAUGUCAUUUUUGGAACAAGGUUUUAUCACCGACUGUACCUUUCUUUCAACAGUCAUCUGCUGCUUUCCGAGGCGUUUCUAAGAACCCCUU